AACAAAACACAUAAAGCCUUGUUUCCGAAGCACUUUUGGUCUCAACUUCUGAGUUCAGUUUAUAAAUUUUAAGAUAAAGUUUUUGCUCUCCUAAAAAAAUGGCUGAUUUUCGCCUCUUUUUUGUUGUACUUAUCGCUGUUUCAUCGAUAAGCAGCAACUUAUUCCAAUCAGAAGCUCGUCAGCUGCUGGAGACAACUUUGCCUGAGCCACCUAAAGUGGAGCUUCCACCUCUUCCAAAGCCUGAAAUCCCCACAUUACCUAAACCUGAAAUUCCAACAGUCCCAAAACCUGAGAUCCCGAAACCUGAGAUCCCAACACUGCCAAAGCCUGAAAUCCCCGCAUUGCCUAAACCUGAGAUCCCUACCGUCCCAAAACCGGAAAUCCCCGCGGUGCCAAAACCUGAAAUCCCAACAUUACCUAAACCUGAGAUUCCUACAUUGCCUAAACCCGAGCUUCCAACUUUGCCGAAGCCCGAGAUUCCGACGCUGCCCAAACCUGAGUUGCCUACUUUCCCAAAGCCAGAAGUUCCCAAGCCAUGAGAUACUUUACAUAAAUGUCUGCUGAUUAUGUGCUGAUUUUGAUCAGCCCUUCUUCAGGAGUGAUGAUGUUUCAUAGUUUUUGUUUUGUUUUCUUUUUCUUUUUUUGGUUUCCUUUUUAUUAAUGUAUGUUUGUUUGGUGUCAACUGAGUCUUAUUGUUUGAUGUGAUACACUAUUGGUUCAUGUACCUGGACCUGGAGGUUUCUUCUUUUCAUGUAUUUGUAUUUAAUUACACACAUUUGUACUUCCUCGUAUUAUGCGACCCAAAAUACAUUUGAUCGUGUUCUUCUUUAGUCAUUACUCUCGUCAAUUUAUUUCGAGAACUUGGUAAAAAAAGUGAAGUAGGUAAUGUUACAGUACCAAAUUUCCAAUACGUUUGAUCGGACCACC